AUGGUUCGCAUUACAAUCUACUUGGCUCUCUUUGCCAUCCUGGGCAUUUCUGCCCACUCUACAGAGCUCCCUCAGGAAUUGCCUGCUGAAGUGAAAGUCGUUGAGAGAAUUGAAGAUUUUUUGAGUGACAAUCCCGGAGAGGCGCUCGUGGAGCUUCAGCCAGAGCUGAGGGCUCAGACUCGGUUCUACACACUCGGAAGACGCGUAUCCGGGGAUCGUCAUGUGGCUUACGCCAGAGGAGUCAACAGCUACCCUUCUCUGAGGGAUGUAACAGCCACAGUUCGCUACUCUGGAGCCAUAAUCACAUACAUCCAGGUGUCCGUUACGCAGACAUCCAAUUUAGGCAGAGUCUAUACGACUUCUGGAGGAAUUGGCCAGAGAUCCAUUGUCUUCGUGGUGGAAGCCAGAAGUACCUUGCAAUUCAACUACAACGUUGAUAUCUACGGCAGGAACUAG